CCCGCUGAUCCUGUUCACCGCGGCCACCGCCGCGCCUACCGCCAAAAACGGCGCCUCCGGCCGCCUGCGGUCGGCGCUCCUCGCCUCGUACGACAAAGGCGUUUUCCCGUGGGAGGUUGCUUGGGAGGCGGCGCAGGCUGACGGGCCGGAGCGGUCGGGCUUGGAGGUCGAGAUGGGCAUCAACUUCCACCGUGUCCACUCCGUCGACGUCGUGAACCACGCCACGGACAUGAUCGUGUGGUAUCGUCUGCGGUGGCACGACCCGCGGCUGGUGUGGAACGCCUCGCAGUAUGGCGGGCUCACAACACUGCAGCUGUGGGUCGGUGACGGCACUGGCGCGGGCGAGACGUCCGAGAUUUGGACGCCGGACAUGACCCUGUGGAACCAGGGCGAGUCGAUGCAGACCUCGCUCUCCAGCGCCUUCGCGAGCGUUUCGAGCGACGGCACCGUCUUCUGGUCACGGCCCGGCCACCUCCGCCCCACUUGCAAGUUCGUCGGACUCGACAGCUUCCCGUUUGACGAGCUGGGAUGCACGAUGGAGUUCGGCAGCUGGAGCUUCAGCGGCCUCUACCUCCGCCCCGUCAAGAUGGACGCCGGCUUCAGCAUCGGAGGCUCCGAGACGGCGGGGGAGUCCUUCCAAGAGUUCUCGCUCGAGCGUGUCAGCUGCCGCGAGAACGUCUACCCGCCCUACCCUGGCGACCCAGAGAAUGACUGGCCCGUCCUCCUCUACGAGGUCGUCUUCCAGCGAGCUUGGCAGCCGUACACCCGUGGCUACAUCUUAUUGCAGGCCUUCCAAUACAACACGCCCCCGCGCCUCGGACCCCCUCCACCCCGCCUCCUCCCCUCUGCCGCUCCCGCUCUCCCGCUCCUCCGAUUCCUCCUCCUGCCGCAGGCGUUGCUCGCUGCCGUGGCAUCCGACUUCGUCAUCGCGGCAAAGCUUCCGGCUGCGCGCGAGAUGACGUGGUUUGCGCAGUUCUCCGCCUUCAGCCUCGCGUACGCCGCGGCGGUGCUGGUCGAGUCGUGCAUCGUCAUCGGCCUCUACUACAAGACCUCCGAGUCGCUCCUGCCCAGCUGCCUGCGCUGGGCGAGCCGGCGCGCGGCGGCCGUCGGCCUCCGCCGAGUUGUGUCCACAGGAACGGCGGCGGCCGUCGGCCUCCGCCGAGUUGUGUCCACAGGAACGGGCGAAGAGCUAGACGCGCCAACCCGCGAGGUUAGCGGAGCCGGCGCGCACGCGCCGACGGAGUUCUCGCGGCGCGACGCAAACGACUUCCGGCACGAGGCCGAGAAGGACCUCAACACAAAGUGGCAGCGGGUGGCAUGCGCCAUCGACGAGGUGGCGCGGUGGGUGGUGCCUCUCUCGUACGCCGUCGGACUCGCCUGCCUGCUCGCCGUCAAAUAGAGGCGGCGCGACGGAGAGAGAGAGAGAGUGUCCUUGUCCCAUCCGUGGACCACGACCAGAGCACGAGACGAAAA